AUGAAAACCAAAAUUCUCGUACUUUCACUCCUCUUUGGAUGCUUAUCUGCUCUUAAAGUCAAAUCCAACUCGUUGAUUCUUGCCCAAGGUGACGAUUAAGGAACAUUCCCUGCCAAUCUCGAUAUCGGUGAUACAAAGGUUGCCUUUUAUCAGCAUGGCAAGUUCGGAGGAGCUCAAAUGAUUCUUGAUGCUUCAUCUACAAGAACUUACGCUCUCAAAGGCAGUCAAAAAGUUGGAAGCACUGAGACUCUCAAUUGGUGGGAUAAUGCUAUCUCUUCCAUUAAAGUUGGUAAAAAGGCAAUGGUCAAGCUUUGUAGAUAUCAAAACUGCGAAGACGAGAAGAAAAAGCCAGAGAAUGCUGUUAUUCUUGUUGGACCCUACGCCACAAAAUUCAUGGGAUGGGCCUCAGAUUAUGCUAGCACUAUUGUAGUCUCCCCUUACGAUGAAGCUAAAUCUCCAGUAGUCUCUGUUUUCGGAGGAGAUGAAUUCAAUUGCGAUACUGCAACUGUACUCAAACCAGGAAAUUACAAUUCCAGAGAUUUGAAGCUAAACAACAUUGAUCCAGAAGAAAUCAGAGGUUUCAGAGUUCCACAAGGCUUAGUCCUCGAGAUCUACGAUCAAGAUUAUCAGGCUGGCUAAUCUGGAUUCAUUCAAGGAGCUUCUACUCCCUCAAGUCAAGUUGAUUUAUAUACUCAAAAGAAUAGCAAUUAACCAGAUUAAAGCUAAGCUAACCUAGGAAAGUUCUACAGGAAAGUUAAGAGUGUCAAAAUCGGCAGAGCUGAUGAAAUUUAUCCCAUCACUGCUAGAUGGGUACCCCUUGAUUCUUCAUGGGGUAACGCCUUGAAAGUAUCAGUUUUGCAAGGCUUGCAACUUGAUACAACCAAAGUCUCAUCAACAACCUUCUCAGCUUCUCUCUCCUUAGGUUAUAAAUACACCAAAGGUGAUCCAGUAACAGGUAGCCAUGAAGUUUCUGUUUCUGCUACAGCUGGCUUUGAACUUUAAAAUAGUAUUUCAAAUUCAAUUCAGAAAGCAACUCAAGUUACAGCUGAGAAAAAUUGUGCUGCCAAGGGUGAUGUGAAAGUUACAAUGUGGCAAUUCCAACUUUAAGCUGAAGGGGCUCUCUAUGGUGCUGAAAAUUAUAUAUGCAGAUACGGUGAUAAUGCUAGUGUAGCUCCAUAAUGUAUUUCAUUUAUUAAAUGUGCAGACUCAGAAUGUACAAAAUGUAAAUGA